GAUGCGUCCACCGCUCAGAGGAUCGAUCUAGAGAAACUGCGGAUUCGUCGCAGUAAGACUGCUGCCAUUUCUCGAAAUUUAAGAAAGGGAGAAAACUGUAAAAGAGCAAAAAAAAUAAUCACCAAGAUAUAAGUGACACUCAUCAAGAAUUAAUAUUCAGAAAUCCAAGACUACAGAUAUGAAUAGUACGUAAAUAGAAGAAAGUAAUCAUCAAACUAGAAAAGGGCAAGUUUGGAAAGACAAUGUCUCAUGUCAAUACUUGUCAUUGUGGUCAGCAGACAUUAAACAUGUUAAAAAACCAGAGUGAUGUUAAUUUAAUUUGUGGAUCGACAUAACCUGCAAAAAAAAGGGGUGACAAGUGUUGUAUUGUUGUAUCUCUGGUUGACGGGCGUGGAUUCAUCCUUUGAGAAGCAUAUGCCUGAAGAGGUGGCAGCAUCAUUAAAACGACUGUCCGAAGGUGGUGCUGGCGUCGAUUGGUCGCGCACACGACGCGCGUCCGUCGGCGGGGCAGGUCGUGUCGCAGAAGAGCAAGUGUAGGAGAAAGUUGGAGAGGAACAGUCCGAGAAGAAGAGAGUAUAGGAAAGUGUUACAACAGGACAAAAUUAAAAGGCUUGUCAAUAUGUUGGAAUUGUUUAAAUGAGUGUUUAGGGCAGACUGGUAGUAAACUCGGAACUGGUGUACUUUUAAAAAGUUGGUGUACGUUAUAGUGGUGGUGUGUUGCGGUGCGUCUUGGCGGCGCCGCCGGCGUCGGUCUCGUGUCUCGUAGUAGUAGGCAAAGAACCUGCUCUAGUAGCUGGUCUCAAUUCAUUACACCACCCGAAGCUACUACUGCUGCUGCUACUGCUAGUGCUAGUGGUGGUAGUAGAAGAGCUUCAAACAACAUACAAUCAUAAUAAUGCGACGUCGUGCCGCAUUCAUUUUAUAAUAAUAAGUGCCAAGUGGGACGGUCCCUAGAUCUGCUAGGAUAUGACGUAAUGGCAAGAGAGGAGUUACGGAACAAGAGACCUUUCAAGAUAUGGGACAGCUGGCGUAACGUGAGAAAGGGUCUAGUUGUAAGUAACUUUGAGGAGCUCGUACAUCGAGGAAAGGAGAAAUUGGGCGUGCCGCAGAAUGAAAACGUGUCACUGGUGUUAGAGUCAGACGGGACUCAGGUAGAAGACGGCGAGUACUUUAAGACUCUUGCUAAUAACACAAUCCUGCUGCUGCUGAGGCAUGGCGAGCGCUGGUGUCCAACAGGCGUCGACAUUAUUCGCGCAGCCAUUUCAGCCAUUCCAAAAAUAGUAUGCGAGACUAUACAUGCAUUGGAGUUACAUGAUGAAACGCCUUCGUGGAAAAUCAUGGACAACAAAGGACGUGUUACCGUGGUGCUUCAUUGGGACCAGCGCUCGUCCUCAUCGUCUUCCACAGCUCAGCAGCAGCAACAACAGCAAUCAAAGUCAUCAGACCCAACGAGCUCCAAAUACUCGCCAACAAAAAAGGCUGAUCUCAGUGGACCUGGUCAGCGGCCAUCUCUUGUUAUUCAAACGAGUUUAGAUAAGCUCAGUUACGAUAAGUCGGGCCACGUGGCCGAGCUUCUUCCGCCGCGAUACAGUAGCCCUCAAAUCACUGUGAUAAAUCAUGAUGAUAUGGUGCAAAAGAGUUUUACUAGUCCGAAUAAUAAUAGUUCCUAUGGGCCGAUUGUUGCCUCUGGCUCAGGACCUGGUUCUCAUCAUUCUGGUAUGACUGGUCGCCUCGUCAAGCAAGGUACUAAUUCAUUUGAUAGUACCACUAUUCAUAUCCAUACACCUGAGUGCUCAAAUCGUAUUCAUCAACCAGUUGCAAGAAACGGCAGUCCAGUCAAUGGUGCUGACGGUAAUAAUAUCAGUGAAUGCGAUUUCCAUUGUUGUGCACUUCACGAGGAAGGACGAAGAAUUGCUGUGCAUAAAUCUGUCGCAACAUCACCAAUACAAGACCAACAUGCGGCACAGCAACGGGAUCAACAUCAACAACAAUCCCAGGCGCAAACACCUUCACCUCAACCACCUUCGUCUUUGUCAGAUGGCACCCGACGUCCUGGUAUUGUUAAGGGACACGUUAGAUUUCGUGAUACCACUGAUGAAGAAUCAUCUCCAAGAAACUCUGGCUUCCAUAUGCAUCAUCACCAUCAUCAUCACCAUAAUCAUCAUCAAGAGCACGAUAGCUCAGAAUCAGAAACAGAAAAUACUAUUAUGGAGGAUGAAAUUGUAACAUCAGAAAAAUUUUUACUUCUUAUUGAUCAGCUAACAGUAGACCAGAAGCAUCAUCUCAGUAUCAAAGACAUUGGGAUUAUCUUAGAGAGGUUGAGCUCAAAAAUUCUGGACGUUGAGAGAUUAGAUCGUGAAAGCGAAAGUGAAGAAUGUUACAAUUGGACGAUCAAAGCGAUCAUCAGAGGCGAUGUUUUAAGGGAACUUGGUGUCAUUUAUAAUGGCAAUUAUUAUGCAAUUAGCGAACAUCCGGGAUACAAAGAAGAAUCUGAAGAGAAUAAUGAGGAUAAUGAAGAAGAAGAAGAGGAUCGACUUUAAUUCUACCAUUUUCGAUAACUGUAAUCUUCAUUUUUUGCAAAUUUGUUUUUGUUUGACUAUCAUCAAUGCAGACAUCUAUUCAUUUUUCGACUCAAACGACUGACAAACUCAAUAGAGUAAAUUUUUAGUGUAAACAAACAAAAAGACGUCGAUGAUAAUGAAAAAAAAAAAAUUUUUUUAAGGCAUGUCCGAUUGCAGUGGACAAACUAUGAAAAUAAUACAUCAUAAUGAAAUAAUAUAAUAACUAUAAACUUAGAUCUAAAGACGGUUGUUGAACAUGUACUUAUUAUUGAAUUAGUAUGUAUACUUGUAGGAAAAAUUUUGGGAUACGGAUGCUCUCCGUAACCGUCCACGACACUGCCCUAUCGUAAACCAAUUUAAAAAUAACAUUUAAAAAAUACAUAGUUGAAUUGUUUGAAUGAAUAAUUAAUAACUUGAAGAUGGUAAAAGAGAAAAGAUGACACUCAAUUAUAUACUAUAGACAAUUCAUUGAAUAUUCGCUCACUCAUUGUUAAGAUUUUUCGUUGUUAUUCAAAUGCUUCAUUAUAGUUUUUAAUUUAAGUAUUUUUCGAAUACACUGAGGAAAGAAUUACACUUAUAAACUACUUUUAUAAAUUAUUUUUUUUUACGUAAA